CUGCGGGACAUUGCAAGCAAAGAAGGCAUGCGGGGUUUCUACAGGGGCUAUGUGAUGGGGAUUGCGAGUUAUAUACCGUACAACGUGCUGUGGUGGACGACGUACGGCAAGACGCGGCGGCGCAUGGCGGAGCGCAGUCCGGGGGUGCAGAUUGCGUGUGGAGCGGGCAUGGCGGCGCUGUUCUCAGCGGCGUUUAUACAUCCGCUGGAGUUAGUGAAGACGCGGUAUCAGGUUGCGACGAGUGGUACGGUUGCGGCGUCGGAUCGAGAGGGCUUGAUGCAGGUAGUGAGGAAUGUGAGGAGGGAGAAUGGGGUCAGGGGUUUCUAUGCUGGGUUUACGCCGACGGUCAUGAGAAGUGUGCCGAGUGCGAUUAUUAUGAUGAGUGUCUUUGAGUAUUUGAAGGCCGAGAGGAAGGAGGGGGUUGAACAGGCUUUAUGA